AUGGCCGGGGAAAGCAACAACAGUCUCGGGUCGAGAACGUCGUCCAGUUCCUCAUUGCGCCAGACACCCCGGUCUCCACUACGACAAUCGACUAUGGACGAAGAACCGGUGUCCGCGGACGAAGGAAAUGAGACUACGGUGGAAUACGAAAGCAUAGCUCGGCAUCAUAUCGGUGGACAGCAGCAGCAGCAGCAGCAGCAGAAGCAGGGGGAGGAGGGCUCACAACAUACGCCUGAUAUUGACCAGCGGAGACACUCUAUCCAUCGAGUACGGUUUUCGACCGACAUUGACCGAGCCGAGCAGACAGCGUCGACCUUGAGGGCUGCUAAGCCAGACUCCGAUGAUACCUCUUCAACAACAACAAUAACAGCAACACCUACUAGCACUACGCCGGCUUCCCUUAAGGUGCCUCCUGCUGGACGUAACAGAGGGUAUUCCCUUCGUCGAGCUCUCUUCAACCGGAACCUUGUACCAACGCAGCCGGAAGAACCCGAUUUAGAGCAGAAUGGAGCUUCUACAAGCGGACAGAGCGAGAAGACUAUUGGCAGUGAUAUGUCCCAAGAGGCCACCACGGAAAAGGGAGACUAUCCUACUUUAGCCCGGCAAUCGGAAUUUUUGAAGUCUACGACCGCCUUUCUGACAACAAGGCCGGUAAAGAAAAUUUCUCUUACCCAUACGAUAAACAGCUGGCUCGUUUUUCUGCUCUCUCUAUUCAAAACACAUGUCCUGCGUAUCAAAGAUAUCCCUCCAAGUGCAGAUGGACGACAUGUUGACCUUGAUGCUCAUAACACUAAACCUCGGACCGACGAACGUACUGGCAAGCACUACAUAUCAAAUACGAUCCGCUCAAGUCGAUACAGUCUAUGGAGUUUCCUUCCCCGCCAAUUAAUCGCGCAGUUCUCGAAACUUGCAAACUUUUACUUUCUAUGUGUUGCCAUUCUACAAAUGAUACCCGGAUUGAGUACCACUGGUACAUUCACCACGUUUGUACCAUUGAUCAUCUUUGUGGGGAUCUCCAUUGGUAAGGAAGGAUACGAUGACUUCCGCCGAUACAGACUUGACAAGGAGGAGAAUAAUCGAAUUGCAUCUGUACUACGUCCGUCUCCGGAAGCGCAAGAUGAGUGUUACGAAUCAUUACCAAAAGCAGCUGGCGAUGUAAGCUCAAAGGCCACAGAUAACCCACAGCCAUGGGUGGACGUCAAAUGGGUCAAUAUACAAGUUGGUGACAUUAUAAAACUCGAACGUGACCAAGCCGUGCCAGCAGACAUUGUCCUACUACACGCCGACGAUCCCAAUGGGAUAGCCUAUAUCGAAACCAUGGCAUUGGAUGGCGAGACAAAUCUCAAGAGCAAAAAGCCAUGUCCUCUAGUUGCCAAAGCGUUCAGCACAGUGGAUGAUAUUAUCAACAACCGGUCUACACACUUUGUUCUCGAGGAUCCAAAUAUUGACCUCUACAAGUUUGAGGGUAACGUCACUGUCGGAGAUGAGACUGCGCCUUUGACAAACACCGAGGUGGUGUACCGUGGUAGCAUCCUCCGAAAUACCCAUGAAGCAAUCGGAAUGGUGAUAUACACCGGAGAAGAAUGCAAGAUCCGUAUGAAUGCCACCAAGAACCCUCGCAUCAAAGCCCCAGCUCUUCAAACCAUGGUUAACCGAGUUGUGGCUGUUAUUGUCAUUUUCGUUGUUGCUCUUGCUGGUGCAUGCACAAUCGCAUACAAGUAUUGGUCUCGCAGCACAGAACGCAUGUCUUGGUACCUUAAGCAAGCAAAUGUUUCUUAUGGCCCGAUAUUUACGUCUUUCUUAAUCAUGCUGAACACAAUGAUUCCAAUCUCGCUCUAUGUGAGUUUGGAGAUUGUCAAGGUUGCUCAAAUGUUCCUACUGAAUGAUGUCGACAUGUAUGAUGAGGCAUCAAACACUCCGCUGGAGGCCAGAACUUCGACCAUCAAUGAGGAACUUGGGCAGAUCAGUUAUGUAUUUUCGGAUAAAACCGGCACUCUGACUGACAAUUCGAUGCGAUUCCGUAAAAUGAGUGUUGCUGGAACUGCCUGGCUUCAUGACCCCGAUUUAGUCCAGGAGGCUGCUGAUGAGAUGGCGAAGAAAAUACUCCUUCGCAGACAUAGCAAGGGCAAGAAAUCUGUUCGUGCAAAGUCAUUUGGCGAUGCAGGCCAGGGCCGGCCAUCGGGGCUAUCCAGACGCUCUGGAGUCUCCCAAGCGACCACACGUGAAUCCGGAACUUGGAGGCCUAGUAAAAAGUCCCGAUUCUACCAUGGUGGCAAGACUACAGAGAUGCUGCAAUAUGUCAUGCACAAGCCUCACACGCUAUUUGCGAAGAGGGUGCGGUUUUUCAUUGUUGCUAUGGCUCUCUGCCACACUUGUUUACCGGAGCGUGGACAAGAUGGCGAGUAUACGUUCCAGGCCGCAUCGCCGGACGAGGUUGCCCUUGUUACUGCUGCAAAGGAGCUGGGGUAUCUCGUCUCUGAUAGGCAGCCGAACAGCAUCACCAUCCGACGGUCAGAAGGCAACAACAGCAACAACGAUGAUAAUGAUGAUGAUAUAAUUGAAGAGACAUACGAAGUGCUGGAUAUCAUUGAAUUCACUAGCUCACGGAAACGCAUGUCAGUUGUUGUACGCUUACCGGAUGGAAGGAUCUGUGUUUUUACCAAGGGUGCAGAUUCGACCAUCACUCAGCUCCUGAAGCAGGCAUCCCUGGCCGGUGAAAAGGUACAGGAAAUCGAGCGCCGUGCUAGUAAGCGAAAGGCUAUGGAGAGCAUGGAAAUUAUUCGCCGGAACAGUGAGCAUAUGUCUCGUGGGGGCAGGAAGAGCCUCAGCAUCCAUCGACCCAGCUUUGCCGGCCGGCGAUCUAGCGUUUCGGGCAAACAGGGACCGUCUAUCCGCCAGAGUAUUGAUAUGUGGCUUCGUGACCGUGAGACGGACGGUGGCUUAGAUAUCAAAGAUGGGGAACAUGAAGCGUAUAACUACAGUCCGCGGGCAUCUGUUCAGCUUGGUGGUGGCCGAGGAAGUCCUCGGGUGUCAUUCCAGACCGACGAUGGAGCUGCUGUGGAGGAAGACCUGGUGGACGAGUCUCUGGUGACCAACGAGCCGCUGGUGUUUGAACGGUGUUUCCAGCAUCUAAACGAUUUUGCGACUGAGGGGCUGCGUACCCUGCUAUAUGCGUACCGGUUUGUGGGGGAGUCGGAAUAUAACGAGUGGAAGCAAGUGUACAAGGAAGCCACGGUCAGCCUUGUCAACCGACAAGAGAAAAUAGACGAGGCGGGAGAGCAGAUUGAGACACAGCUGGAGUUAAUCGGGGCCACGGCGAUCGAAGACAAGCUUCAGAAGGGGGUUCCGGAGACGAUCGAUAAAUUGCGACGGGCAAACAUCAAACUCUGGAUGCUGACGGGGGAUAAGCGCGAAACAGCAAUUAAUAUCGGCCACUCAUGCCGACUGGUCAAGGAUUACUCCGCGGUGAUCAUCCUGGACCAUGAGACGGGGACGGUGAAGCAGACGAUAACCUCUACGAUCGAGAGUCUCAGCACCGGCGGGGUGGCGCACUCGGUAAUUGUGGUGGACGGGCAGACGCUAUCUGUGAUUGAAGGGGAGGAGGAGCUGCGCGAGCUCUUCUUCGACGUGGCGAUCCGUGCAGACUCAGUGAUAUGCUGCCGGGCGAGUCCCAAGCAGAAGGCAUUCCUUGUUCGAUCGAUUCGCAAACGGGUCAACGGCGCGAUCACCCUUGCGAUCGGAGAUGGGGCGAACGACAUUGCGAUGAUCCAGGAAGCGCACGUUGGAAUCGGGAUCACGGGCAAGGAAGGGCUGCAGGCAGCCAGGAUAUCGGACUACUCGAUUGCCCAGUUCCGGUUCCUGCUGAAGCUGCUGCUGGUCCAUGGGCGGUGGAACUAUGUGCGAGUGUGCAAGUACACGCUGGGCACUUUCUGGAAGGAGACGCUGUUCUACCUGACUCAGGCGCUGUUCCAGCGCUGGAACGGGUACACGGGCACCAGCUUGUACGAGCCCUGGAGCCUAAGCAUGUUCAACACGCUGUUUACUUCGCUACCGGUGAUAUUUCUGGGCACGUUUGAGAAGGAUCUUGCGGCGAGUACGCUCUUGGCAGUACCAGAGCUGUACACGAAGGGCCAGCGGAACGAAGGCUUCAACAUCCCCGUCUAUCUCGGCUGGGCAACGGUGGCAGCGUGCGAGUCGAUGAUGGUCUACUUUACGAUGAUGCGGCUGUUUGGAGACGCCAUCUUUACGGCGGACAGCGGCAUCUUCGCGAUGGGCCUGCUCACGUACUCUGCGUGCGUGAUCGUGAUCAACCUCAAGCUGCAGUUUCUUGAGAUCCACGACCACACGGUGCUGACGCUGAUCCCGCUGGUGCUCUCGAUAGGCGGCUGGUGGCUGUGGAACAUCAUCCUGUCCGAGCAGUACAAGUACAACGAGAUCUACAACGUGCGGAACAACUUUAUCCACGUGACUGGCAAGAAUGCGUUGUGGUGGACGACGUUGAUAGUGGUAGUGGUGGUCGUGGUCCUGUUCGAGAUUACUGUUGCCACUGUGCGCAAGACGCUGUGGCCUACGGACGUGGAUCUGUUCCAGGGAUAUGAGAAAGAUGGAGAGGUGAAGAGGCGUUUUGAGGAAGCGGCUGCAUCGGAGCUGGCGCAGGGAUGGGAAGGCCGGCUUUCAGGGGAGAAAGGUGGAAACGACGACCACGAUGAUGACGGUUACGGUGCAAACGCAGCAGGGCAUGAGCAAGAGCACGAGCACGAGAUGCAUGUCCAGGAGCUGAUUGAGCGGAGAACCCAGGAGGAAGACCACCACCACCACCACCACCACCACCACCAUCAACAUGAAGGUACCGGCGUCAUGGCCAGGGCACGACGAUCGUUGGACAUGCAUGAGCUGUUCUCUAAGGGAUUUGGCUCUAUCCGCCGCGGGCAGGACAUCAAGUGA